AUGCUUCGCCGUGCGCGCGUCCUCGUCUCGCCAAAGGCGCUCGGCGCUUACGCCGCUGCAGCCACCGCCGUCGCGGGCGGCGGCUACCUCUGGCUCAACUCCGGACCCACCUAUCCACCCACUAACAAGGGACACCGUAGUCCCCCGGCGCCGUGGACGCCCCCUUCGCGCGCAGACCACCUUAAGCGCCUGCGCGAGUCCCGUGAGGACGAAUUCGACGUUUUGAUUAUCGGUGGAGGCGCAACAGGCGCUGGUGUCGCCGUCGAUGCCGCAACGCGCGGUCUCAAGACUGCACUUGUCGAACGUGACGAUUUCAGCUCCGGCACAUCAUCCAAGAGUACGAAGCUCGUACACGGAGGUGUCCGUUACCUCCAGAAGGCGGUUAUGGAGCUCGACUAUGAGCAGUACAAGCUUGUCACCGAAGCCCUCCAUGAACGUCUCAUCUUCCUGCACACCGCGCCUUACCUUUCGCACAUGUUGCCCAUCAUGCUGCCAAUCUACAAGUACUGGCAAGUCCCGUACUUUUGGAUUGGUUGCAAGAUGUACGAUUUGCUCGCUGGCAAGGAGAACAUGGAGACAUCGUAUCUUAUGACGCGCGGCAAGACGCUCGAGACUUUCCCCAUGCUCAAGUCCGAGGGUCUCGUCGGCUCCCUGGUUUAUUACGACGGACAACACAACGACGCACGCAUGAACAUGGCCCUGGUUAUGACCGCUGUCAAGCAUGGCGCGACUGUAGCGAACAAGAUCGAGGUCUUGAAGCUCAACAAGGACGCGUCUGGCAAGCUCAUCGGUGCUACGGUUCGCGACAACAUGACCGGCGACGAGUGGGACGUCAAGGCCAAGGGCAUCAUCAACGCUACUGGACCAUUCGCCGACUCGGUUCUGACUAUGGAUAACCCCGCUCACAAGCCCAUCGUACAGCCGUCAUCUGGCGUGCACAUCACGCUCCCGGACUACUACUCACCGCGCAAGAUGGGUAUGCUUGACCCCGCUACUUCGGACGGACGCGUUAUCUUCUUCCUUCCUUGGGAGGGAGGUACCAUCGCAGGCACUACGGACGCACCAGCACCGGUUGAACAGGACCCCAAGCCCAUGGAGGAGGAGAUUCGCUGGAUUCUCAACGAGGUCCGCAACUACCUUAGCCCGGACAUCAAGGUCCGCCGCGCCGAUGUACUCUCCGCCUGGUCUGGUCUUCGCCCGCUUGUUCGCAACCCCAACGCGGACCCGAACAGCACGCAGGGUCUUGUACGGAACCACCUUAUCUACGUCACGGACUCUGGCCUGCUCACGAUCACCGGUGGCAAAUGGACGACUUACCGCGAGAUGGCCAAGGAGACAGUCGAUGAGGCCGUCAAGGUGUUCAAGCUCAACCCGAAGAACGAAUGCAUCACCGAGAAGGUUCAGCUCAUCGGAUCCGAGGGAUGGUCGCGCAACAUGUUCGUCUCGCUCAUUCAGCGCUACGGUCUCGAGCCCGAGGUCGCGCAGCACCUCAGCCACAACUACGGUGACCGCGCAUGGACUGUCCUUGACCUUGAGCGCCCGGCAGACACGACCUUCGCUGUGCGCGUUGACCCCAACUACCCCUUCCUUGAGAGCGAGGUUCGCUACGCCGUUCGCCACGAGUACGCGCUCACCGCUACGGAUGUUAUCGCUCGCCGCAUGCGUCUCGCGUUCCUCAACGCGCAGGCGGCGCUCAACGCUCUCCCGCGCAUCGUCGACAUCAUGGCCUCUGAGCUCCAAUGGGAUGAGAAGACCAAGGAGAAGGAGUUCAACCGCGCAAGCACGUACCUUGGCACGAUGGGCCUGCAGAGCGUUCACGGCGAUGACGAGGAGGUCGCUGCUUCCCUCGACGCGCUCAAGACUGCGUUCAAGACCAAGGCGCAGGUUAUCGGCGGCGAGGAGCGCGUACCACAGAGCGAGAUCUUGACUCUCGUCUCCAACUUGAAGGAGUUCAAGGGCCUCGGCGCUAAGGAUGUCAAGUACGUUCUCGAGGAGCUCGGCUACAAGUCGGCCAAGACUCUCAGCUACGAUGAUGUAACCGAGGUCUACUCUGAACUCAAGGAGGUCGCUCUCCUACCCUCCCCAACCCAGACAAGGUUAAACGUCCGCAUCCCUGUCGAGAAGUCCGGCGGUGGUGUAUAA